AUGGCUCAAGGUGUACCUAAUUCAAGACUUCUUGUUGAUGAGGUGAUGAAGAAAGCGCUUCGGGAAGCCGAAAGAUCGUACAAGGAAACGAACGAAUUUGGCGUAGAUGCGCUCAACGCGUUGAAUCAACUAUUUGAAAACGUAUUGAUGAAGGCAUUCCAGGUAUUGGACAAUGCCAAGUUCAUGGAAUUCGAAACGCGGAGCGGCCUGCGAAGCGUUCGGUCGAUCUUCACCAGCGAUGAUCAAUACCUGCUGCUGGACGGUGUGAACCACUGCAAGUGCGAGUACUUCAUCUUCAACGUGCUGCAGCAGCAGGAGUCGCUCACCUGCAAGCACGUCCUAGGCGCGCAUCUCGCAAGCAUCUGCGGGAAAUUCGAGCGGAAACUCCUCACCGACGGCCAGAUGACCGAUAUGCUUAAUUCAGCGACACCCGCUCUCUUCAUCACAUGA